CAGCCACACAGAAAAAUACAUGCAUCCGCCCAUGCCAUGCAGCUUCACUGUCCUGUCCGCCUCACCCUCAGCCAUCUGACCACAGACGUCACUGCAGCAAUCACGUGAUGCUGCUGUGCAGACACCCAAUGUUGACUCUGACCCGUCAAACCACCAGCACCAGCACCAGCACCAGCAAACACUCCCCCCUCACCGCCCAGCCCCAACCUCAGCAGCCUGCUGGUUCCCGACGACCACCGCUGCCGCCCCCCAACCAUCAGCAGCAAAAAGUAGAGGAACAGGGUGAGCAGCACCAAGAGCAUCUUGAGCUUCUGCCGCCUGUCCAUCCGGCGUUGGGGCCGACGCCUGAAAGUCACCAGAACUGCCCGCGACGCUUCGGGAAGGGCGAGAAGCGUCUCUGAUGGUGCGGGUGAGUGACACCCCGGCUGAUGACGCCGGAAAGGGCCCGGCGAGGAGGCGGUGGAAGAUGACGCUUGGUGGCCAUGGUGGAUGUGUGAAGGCAGCGGGAUGGAGAGAGCCACGCCGAGGCCACUCAGAUCAAGACAGGCCGACCGGAUUAUGGGAGCGUUGCUGAGGGACUGACUCACUUCAGCCAGCAGGCCGUCUUCACUGCGGGAGAGGAUGCAGUCCGUCGAGCCGCUCCCGCCCGUCUCUAUGGUCCCCUGGCGGGUGGGCUGGUCCGCGAGAGAUGUGGCCUCUUUGGCAUCAUCGCACCUCGACACGUCGCUUCUGCUCUGCACCAGCUGCCAGCCGUCUUCGGUCUCCUCUUCAUCGACUUCGUCUACUUGGGGGUGCGGCUGGGGGAUGUCAGGCUUGGUCAGUUCGUCGAGCAUAUCGAUGAGCGAGGGGUUGGAGCACACCUCAUGCACGAACCAGUCAGCGCGAAUGCGGAACCCACGCAUCGUGGGAAAGCGAGGCCACCAACGCAUCACUCUGAGGUCAGGAGGGCUCAGCCUCUAUGCUCAGCCUGAGGGAAUCCUUUGCAAAAAGGCCUUUCUUCUGCUCUGUGGCUGCAGUGCUGCAAAGGCCGCCGCAGCCUGAGGAGUCCUGGAAGAAGGGAAG